AUGGCAUCUACCAGAGCUAGCCCGGCUUGUGGGAACUGCAGGUCUAGGAGAAUCAAGUGCAAUCUUCUCCAACCAAGAUGUAGUCAGUGCGCUCGAGCCGGUCUAAGAUGCACUGGUUAUAGGUCUCAAUCAGAUCUACUUUUUCGAGAUCAGACUAAGUCGACGAUUCAAAAGUUGCAUGCUCCGAGUACCAAGACUGCCACUUGUUGGAGCCUAGUCGCAGUAGAACCCACUUUCAAUAUCGAAGAACUUGCACAGAAAGUAUUUUCUGACAAUUUUGCGAUCUUUGGGAAUAGGUGUAAGCACUGGAUGGAUUCCGGUGCAGAUCGCCCAUCUUCCGCCACUAUUAGCCUUACCUCCGUUGGUCUCGCUGCACUUGCCGUUGUCCACAAGGAUCCUGAUAUGAUGGAUUUGGCGCGAAGAAAAUACAACUUUGCUAUAAGGGUCCUUACUAAAGCAACUAUUGGCCAUCAGAGCUCUGGAAUUGAGCAGUCUAUUGCCGGAAGCUUUAUUUUGUCUAUCUUUGAGUUGAUGCUGCAGAUGAUAACAUGCGAUAACCACUCCUCUCCACAUGCCUGGCAAAAGCAUGUCCACGGUGCUGCUGCAUUCUUGGGCUAUUUAUGUUCUACCAGUGGGUUGCCACUGUCGCCAGUGAAAGAAAUUAUAGAGAUGUGCUACACUACAGCACUUGCGUGUCUUAUAAGUGGCAAAACGGUUCCACACUUCUUACUAGAAUUACCAGGCCGAUUUGGAGCAGCAUCGAAUAUCUCACAAGACAAUGAGGAUCCCUUGUUAUCAGCAAUGAGACUUUUUGCCAUCAUGGGCACCUUGGUGAAUAUUCGUGGAUUGUCGAACCGGAGCCUUUUUCUACCCAGUCAGCUAGUUGUACUGGCCAUACAAACUGAUCAAGCCCUCCAAAACUGGGGAACUGCACUUCCUGCGUCGUGGACUUAUCACAAGCUCCUCAAAGGGCCCCAAUACAUUUACCAGGACGUUUGGUAUGCUCGGAUGUGGAACUACUAUCGCCUAGCCCGCAUUCUAGCAAACAAGAUAAUCAUCGACAAUUUCAACAUCCUGUCACCCUCAACGUUACCAGGUGAUAAUUUCAAAUUGCAACAUGACCAGUCAUAUUCCAUCAUUUCGCUGUUAUUACAGGAGAUCUACACCAGCCUAACUUUCAUAUUCAACUCGGAACAAAUUCCUGCUACCUCUCUACCAAUAUCCUCAGCCCUUUUCUUCACGACCGCUCUAUUGCAAUCUCUGUUGAAACUCACAGACAGAGAUUCCCUCAUUCAGGACUGGUCAAUCCCGGCAUGUGAAAUCCUAGGAGAAAGGUUCACUUUUACUAAGGGCAUCGUGAUGCAGAAUCUUCAAUAG